AUAACUCGGAAGGUCGUUAACACUUGCUUGCAUUGUAUCAAAUCAAAUCAACACAAAGCCAAAGCCAAAACCAAAAUCAAACCAAAACCUUUUACUAUUUCAGAGAACCAGAUAUGUCGGAGAGUGGCGGCGGAAACCGCCGUAGGGAACCGCUUCUGUCGUCGCCGGAGGAGGAGGCUGCAAACUCUUCUUGGAGACUCAAUGUGAAGGAGUUUCGUUUACCAACCCAAACUAAUGAUCAUCAACAUAACUCUUCCUUCACUUUCCGUGGCCUUCUUCGCAAGCCCAGGAAGCAACGCAAGGUGGCGGAAUAUUACAAGAAACAGGAGAGGCUGCUGGAAGGAUUUAGUGAGAUGGAGACUGUGACUGAAACGGGUGGUUUCCCUGGAAGUCUCACUGAGGAGGAAAUGAAGCAACUAGCUAAGAGUGAGAGGAUGGCAGUUCGUGUGUCAAAUAUAUGUAACUUGGUGCUGUUUGUAGCAAAGGUUUACGCCUCAGUUGCAAGCAGAUCGUUAGCAGUUAUUGCCUCAACUAUGGAUUCUCUCUUGGAUCUCUUGUCAGGGUUCAUAUUGUGGUUUACUGCUCAUGCAAUGAAAAACCCAAAUCAAUAUCACUAUCCAAUUGGAAAGAAACGCAUGCAACCAUUGGGUAUCAUUGUUUUUGCAUCUGUGAUGGCAACCUUGGGGUUGCAGAUUUUGAUUGAGUCUGCCAGGGAACUAAUUUCCAAGACUAAGCCUGAAGUGGAUUCAACAAAACUGCAUUGGAUGAUUGCGAUUAUGGUAUUUGUGACUGUAGUGAAGUUCAUUCUGAUGGUCUACUGUCGACGAUUUAAAAAUGAAAUCGUCGGAGCAUAUGCACAAGAUCACUUUUUUGAUGUCAUUACUAAUUCAGUUGGAUUAGCUGCUGCUGUGCUAGCUGUCAAGUUCUACUGGUGGAUUGAUCCAGUAGGAGCUAUUGUUAUAGCAUUGUACACAAUCAACACAUGGGCUAAGACAGUGAUUGAGAAUGUUUGGUCACUCAUUGGAAGGACAGCACCACCUGAUUUUCUGGCUAAGUUAACUUACCUUAUAUGGAAUCACCAUGAGCAGAUUAAGCACAUAGAUACGGUUAGAGCAUACACAUUUGGUGCACAUUACUUUGUGGAAGUUGACAUUGUGUUGCCAGAAGACAUGCUUCUUCACCAAGCUCAUAAUAUUGGAGAGACUCUCCAAGAGAAGCUGGAGCAACUUCCAGAAGUUGAGAGGGCUUUUGUUCACAUAGAUUUUGAGUUCACUCACAGGCCAGAGCACAAGACCAUGGUAUGAAAUUGGUGGCGUGGCCUAGCUUUGCUAAUUCUCUUUGGUUAUUUUAUUUGAGCCAAAUAACACAAUUUUGCUUUCUUAUGUUAAAUAGUUGCUAAUACCUCGUCAUACUUUCUAUCUUAGUGGAUUUGAAAUAAUUUUAAAAUGUUAUUUUUAACUUUACAUUUUUUAUGGCCUAUCCCUUGCUCCUACUUUUAUGGUUAAUAUUAAUUUGAAUUAAUGUG